AUGGGCCUAGAGAACCUCUUGUCGCAGGUCACCCUUGCCAGGGUGGCUCUGGGUGUGAUCGCGUAUGUCGUCCUGAAAGGCGUCUACCAGAUCAUCUACUACCGCUUCUUCCAUCCGCUCGCGAAGUUUCCUGGGCCUUUCUGGGGCAGCGUCACUCGCCUUUGGAUCGCCUGGCAUAAUCUGCGCCAGACGGAGCUACCGACCUGCUCUGCGCUGAUCCAGAAAUAUGGCCCUGUCGUCCGCAUUACCCCGACUCUGCUGCUGGUCAGCGACCCAACCAAGCUUCCGGACAUCUACCAUCGCCAGGCCGACAAGACCGGCCACUACAUCACCGGCUCGUUCGGCGAAACCGAGUCGUUGUUCAACAUGCGCUCGCACAAGACCCACGCCACGUUCCGCAAGCACAUUGCCGGACCGUACAGUUUCAGCAACGUGAAGAAGAUGGAGCCGUUGAUCGACCUGCGCCUGCAAGAGUGGCUGGACAAACUCGACGAGAAGUUCUCCCGCACCGGAACACCCUUUGACUUUGCCUGGUGGGCAGUCUACAUGGCCUACGACAUCAUCAGCGAGGUCGGCUUCGGCGCCCCCUUCGGCUUCGUCGCGCAAGCCCACGACGUCGGCGGCCUGAUCCAAGGCUUCCACGACGGGCUGCCCGCAUUCGGACUCCUGGCGCGCCUCCACCCCUUCACCAGCUGGAUGAAAACCACCUGCCUCAAGAAAUACCUCGUCGCCACCCCGGCGGACCCCUCCGGGGUAGGGGUGCUCAUGCGGUUCCGCGACAGGCUCAUCGCGCAACGCCUGCGCGACCUCGCCGAGAAGAAGGACAUCGGCCGCGUCGACCUCCUGCAGACCUUCCUCGAAGCCCGCACGGAGACCGACCAGCCCCUGGACAUGGAGUACAUCAAGGCGGAGGUGCUGCUCGUGCUGCUCGCCGGCGCCGACACGACGGGCACCGUCUUCCAGGCGCUGGUGCACAACCUCCUGACCCACCGCGACGUGUACGCGCGCAUGAUGGCCGAGAUUGAUGGAGCGAUCGCCCGGGGAGUGUUGCCCGAGGGCGCCGUCCCUCAGUAUGCGGACGUCCUCGAUCAUCUGCCCUACUAUGUGGCGUGUGUGCGGGAGACGAUCCGGUUGAAUCCCCCCGCGCCGAAUCUCUUCCCCCGGUAUGUGGCGGAGCCGGGGAUGGAGCUGUACGGGAAAUUCGUGCCCCCCGGCACCGAGAUCUCGGGCAAUCCGUGGAUUAUGCAUCGCGACAGAAAGGUGUUUGGGGAGGACGCGGAGGAGUUCCGGCCGGAACGAUGGCUGGAUGUGGAACGGGCGAAGGUGUUGAACAAGUAUAUCUUUACGUUUGGGUAUGGAGCGCGGGUGUGUUUGGGGAGGGAGAUCGCGAUGAUGGAGUUGUUCAAGGGGCCGUUGCAGUUCUUUCGACACUAUACCCCCCAGAUCGUCCCGGAUAAGCCGGUUGCCCGGUUCGUGAUUCAGGGGGGGGUCGGGCAUUGGACCGAUAUGUGGUUGACGAUCGAGAAGCGGAAGACGGCGUAAUGGGUAGUUGUUGAGUUGGAUUAGACAAUUAACAGGAAGGAAAAG